UUGAAUAUGUGAUAAUUUGAUAACAGAUUUGUUUUCUUUGAAAAAAUAGAUAAAACAAAAAGCAAGAUGUUGGAUUGGUCUCAGCGCUUGGGCAUAAUAUUUGGAAUUACUAGGGGACUCUUGUAUCUUCAUCAAGAUUCAAGAUUGAGAAUUAUUCAUAGAGAUCUUAAAGCAAGUAAUGUUUUACUUGAUGACAAAUUAAACCCAAAAAUAUCAGAUUUUGGAAUGGCCAGGACUUUUGGAGGAGAUCAAACCGAAGGAAACACAAAUAGAGUCGUGGGGACUUAUGGAUACAUGGCUCCAGAAUAUGCUAUCGACGGUUUGUAUUCUAUAAAAUCCGAUGUCUUCAGCUUUGGCAUACUUAUGAUGGAAAUUAUAUGUGGGACUAAAAACAGAGCUCUUUGUCAUGCAAAUGAAACUCUCAACCUCAUUGGCUAUGCUUGGAGGCUAUGGAAAGAGGACAAAGCUUUAGAGUUGAUAGAUUCAAGCAUAAAGGAGUCAUGUGUAAUCUCAGAAGUAAUGCGUUGCAUCCAUGUGAGUCUGUUGUGUGUGCAACAAUACCCUGAGGAUAGGCCUACAAUGGCUUCUGUGCUUCUCAUGUUAGCAAGUGAGAUGGAUUUAGAUGAGCCUAAAGAGCCUGGCUUCUUUCCCAAGUGGGUCUCUAUGGAAGCGAAUUCGCAGCCACAUCAAUGUGAACUAUCUUAUGAUGAAUUAACCGUUACUUCAUUAGAUGGCCGGUGAAAUCAAUGAGUCUGUCUGCUACACAUAUCACAGCCUGGAAUCUUGGAUCAUAUGGCUAAGAUUUAAGACCACUCCAUGAUAGAGUAUAUCACUAUGCCGUAUAUUAUGAAUUGAUCUAAUGGCAAAUGUGACAAAAACUAUAUUGCAUUCUUGUCUAAGACUUUGCUCAUUAUUUUUUAUAGAAUUAUUAGAGAAUGUAUCAACAGUUAGUUAGAAUAAAAAUUUAGGGAUGAAUAUUUAUCGUACAUCUACAAUCACAAAUAAAUAAGAAAUAAGUAAGAAAACGUAUGAAGCACGGACACUUCAUUGAGUUGUUGUGUCCGCAUGUUGAAUACAUUUUGGAUACGACACUCGUCCGACACGCAUGUCUGUUAUGUCUAACCGUGUCUUAAUAAAAAAUAAAAAAUUCUUCUCCGGACACACUUAGACACACUUAAA